AUGGAUGUCCAACACCUUCAAAGACUUUUGGCGGAAACCAAGGCUUUGCUUGAUUCGUAUGAAUUAACUCAAACUGACACCCUUCGAGUUGAAGCUCAGGACAAGGCUACCCAGCUGUCGCGUGCCCUGGAACGACCUAGAGAUGCAAUCGUCAAGCUGAGCUUUUCCCCAACUAUUCUCAUGGCCGUCAAGACAGCCCAUGAUAUGAAUGUAUUCCCCGCGCUAGCUCAGGCCACGGCCCCAGUCUCUCUGGCCAAAUUAGCUGCAGCGAAGCCCGCAGACCCUCUUCUAGUCGAGCGCAUUAUGCGAGUUCUAGUCGCCAAUGGUUUCGUAGAAGAGCCAGCUCCUAGCGAAUACCUACCCACCGCACUAUCCCGAGAAAUGACCCAGCACACAUCAAUUGGGGCCGUGGGGUCAAUGUUCCACGAGUUCCUGCCCUCAAUCCAGAAAGUCCCCGAAUAUCUCCAAUCCACCAAUUAUCGCAACCCAGAUGAUCCCAUAUUCGCUCCUCUUCAAUACACGCACAAUCUAAAGAUAGAUGGAUUUACAUGGCUCUGCGAGAACCCCGAAGCUUUGAUUCGAUUCAAUAGCUUCAUGGAAGGACAGCGGGGUAACCGUCCACACUGGGCUGACUGGUUCCCUGUUCGCGAACGCCUUCUCGAUCACCCGGACAUGACUGCCAAAAAACCACUUUUGGUAGAUAUUGGAGCCGGGCGUGGCCACGAGUUGAUUGGAUUUAGGAAGAGAUUCCCAGAUGCCCCGGGUAAACUAGUACUGGAAGAUCUUUCAUCUGUGAUUGAUGAAGCACGUGAAGUACUGGAUCUGGAGGCGGCUUCUAUUGACACUGUUGCGCAUGAUUUCUUUGCUGAGGUUCAACCGGUUCGAGGAGCCCGCGCAUACUAUUUCAAGAACGUGUUGCAUGACUGGUCAGACCAGAAAGCGACAGCCAUCUUUAACAAUCUAAAGCCGGCUAUGAAACGGGGUUUCUCCAAGGUUAUCAUGGAGGAGUAUAUUCUUCCUGAUAAGAAUGCUCGCUCGCUUCCUUGUAUGACAGAUAUCGCGGUAAUGGUUUUCUGUUCCGGGUUAGAGAGAACUCGUCAGCGCUGGAGUGACCUACUCACGUCUGUUGGUUUGCGAGUCCUGAAAUUCUGGGUUCGGGAGGGUGACGGGUUGGGAAUUAUUGAAGCCGAAUUGGCAGAGAGCUCUUAA